UGCCUGGCCGCGUUGAUUGACCUCGGACAUCUGCGCGACGUACGAGCUUCUUCCACAUUUCAAAUAUCAGUUUUGGAGCAAGAGAUGAGAACACAGAUCUUUUGGGUCAUAUACACUUUUGAACGCGCAUUGGGCACGAUGAUGGGUCGAGCUAUCGGGGUGCAAGACGAGCUUGCCAGUGGGAACGUGGGUGGAAGAAGUGUCAAUUCUCCUCCAUCCCAUAUGACAUAUUCGAUUCACCUUUUCAGACUGGCUCGCUUGAAUUCGGAAAUCAAAUACAUUAUGCACAGUGUCUGUCGAGAGGCACCACGCUAUGCGUAUCCGCCUGUUCCCGACAUUCAAGUGUGGCAAAUAGACAUGGUUGACCGUCUGAAGAAAUGGCAUAUCACGAUCCCCCGUUCGGAUGAGAUACAGUCAAUCACCCGGCUUUGUGAGUGCAAGUACCAUGAGAUGAUGGUCUUGUUGCUGAGAGCAAGCCCAGCGAUUCCAGAGCCCUCGGAGACUUCCCUGACACAGUGUUUUCGGCAUGCAACGAGCCUCGUUCGUGGCCUUGGCGCCCUCUACAUACAGGACUCCCUGCUCUACAGUAGAUUUGUUGCUCACUCAACAUUCCUCAGCAUCUUGCUCAUACUCCAUUUCCUCUGGAAGAUAUCGCGGCUUGCAUCGCAAGUUCAGAUAUCUGACGUGAUCGCCGACACGUGG